AUGGCCGCGCCUGCGCCUCCACCUGCGCCUCCGCCUGGGCCUGGACCUGUGCCUCCGCCUGGGCCUGGGCCUGGGCCUGGGCCUGGGCCUGGGCCUGCGCCCGGGACUGCACCUCCGCCACAAAUUCAGCCCAAGGAUGAUGUAGGCACAAGAAAAGGGUUUCGACGCUACAAGUGGGAAUUCAAAGACAGCAAUAAAGAGUUCUGGACAAUGGGACAUGCUGAGGUCAAGAUCCUGUGUUUGGGUUGCAUGAUCGCUGGAAUAAAACUCUUCGAAACAGUGGCCACACACCCCAUCCUGAUCCUGCUCCUCACUAUGGAAGUGUCCUUCUUUGCUUUCUUCAUGUUCCUUUACAGCUUCGCCCUUAACAGAUACAUACUCUUUGUCUACUGGCCCAUGACUGACCUCUUCAACGAUCUCUUCGCCUGCGGGUUUCUCAUAGGCGGCAUAGUCUUUGCUUUGAGGGCUAGAAGAACGAUGCCAGACGCCUACGUUGCAGCUAUGAUCCUUAUGGGAAUUGCCGCAUUUUUUGCUGUGGUUGACCUAUGUCUUCAAAGGAGACAUCUCAAAGGCAAGAAGAUCCGAAAGUAUGCUCUGCUUGCUCCAGACAAGAAUGGCAAAAUGCCGGACCCAAAACUACAAGCAAUGCUGGAGGCCAAAGAGGAAGAGGAGGCACGGCAAAUCCUGUGCCUCUCGGCAGCAAUCCUGUGUCUCAUCGAUGCCUUGUUGGUCUCCAAUGAGAUGAGGAAAAACAGGAAAAAAGCCCUGAGACUGAAGGCCUCGCUAGAACCAGUGGGGCUCCGCGCAUUCUGCCGCGUGGAGGGUGGGAUGUUCCGCAUCUGCAGGGGUGGGGCGAUCCUGCUGGUCCACGAGAUGAGGCGGGCUCGCACUGACCAAGCAUAG